AUGUCUAUUUCGCUCCUCUCCAGCGCGUAUCUAGAGGAAAAUUCUGCAAGAAUACGCUCAAAGCUAGUCCCAUGGGAGGGCUAUCAGCGAGCAGAGCUCAUCACCUUGGAGGAGUUGGCCGCUAUCAAGAAGGUCGACCGCCAGCCUAAGGCCAAAUGUGAAGCAGUACUUCUGUCGGAAGGCAGAACGUAUGCUCUACUGUAUCUAAACCUACUUAAGAAACUUCAGCGAGUUGAUACUAUGCAAUGUCUCCUUAUUCUAAUCACCGACGCACUGCAAGAUCACGAUGAACGUAUUCCACUAUUUCUCAAGGCAUCGCAGAUAGAUCCUGAUCUUCCGUAUGCGCCUCUUCUGAGGGCACUAGAAGCACAAGACGAGUUCGUACAACUCAAAACUGCGCAGAUUCUGACAGUAUUUCUGAGUGCAGAACCCGCUCCUCUUCCAACACAAUACCUGCAGCCAUUCCUUACCAUCUUGUCCUCUUUCAUACAAGGCCCCUCUUCAAAUAAACGCGAUACCUCUGUGCAAUGCCUCGAAACUCUCCUCUCGCGUCAGGCCUGUCGACAAGAAGUGUGGCGGAUUCCAAACAUCAUUGCAGGAUUCAUGGAUAUUCUAAAACGCUCACCAGGAAAUCAAAUGAGCUACCAAGUCUCGUUUUGCUUGUGGCUGCUAUCAUUUGAGCAGAACAUUGCAGAGCAGAUCAACAAAAAAUUCGAUAUAAUACCCAUCUUGGUUGAGACUGCUCAGAGUGCACUCAAGGAGAAAGUUAUUCGUGUCAUUGUGGCAACCUUCCGGAACCUUGUAACAAAAGCACCAUCUCAGAACCUUCCAGCCAUGCUUGUUUGCCAACUACUACCUUUCGUUAAAAAUUUGGCAACCAGAAAAUUCUCAGAUGAGGAUAUCAUCGAAGAUGUCCUUUUCCUGAAAGACGAGUUAAAUUCUCGGUUCCAAAGUCUGACAACAUAUGAUGAAUACACAUCAGAACUUGCUUCUGGACAUUUGUCAUGGACCCCAGUCCACGAAUCUGAUGAUUUCUGGAAGGAGAACGCAACAAAGCUCAAUGAUAAAGAUCAUGAACAACUAAAGAUUCUGAUCAAGGUUCUGAAAGAAUCUUCAGACCCGAUUGUACUUGCCGUUGCCGCUCAUGACGUAGGUCAGUAUGUUAGGCACUACGGUCCUGGAAAGAAAUCUGUCGCUGACCUAGGAGGAAAAGCAAGAGUCAUGGAGCUGAUGACGCAUCCCAAUUCGGAUGUCCGCUAUCGUGCCUUGCUUUCAGUACAACAGCUUAUUAGCCAACCUUGGCUUACUGUUUGA